AUGUCCUCGUCACUGCAAGAGGACCUCACCUGUCCCGUGUGCGCUGACAUCUUCAAGGACCCCGUGGUGUUGUCCUGCAGCCACAGCGUGUGUAACAUCUGUGUCCAGCAGUACUGGGAGACCACGGGCUCCAGACAGUGUCCAGUCUGCAAGAGCAACUCCGCCGACACUCCCACCGCCAGCUUCGCUCUGAAAAACCUGUGCGAGCUCUACUUGAAGGAGAAAGGACAGUCACGCGGGCAGUGUAAACUGCACAAGAUGCAUUUUGAGCUUUUCUGUUACAAUGACAAAGAGCUUGUGUGUCAGUCGUGCGAAGACUCCAAAGUGCACAAGCAUCACAGGUGCACUCCUAUUGACAGAGCAGCAACUGACGUCAAGGAGGAGCUGAUGGUGAAACUGCAGGGGAAGCUGAAGGACUAUGAGCAAACUAAAGAGGAUUGCCAUAAAACCAUUUUGCACAUCAAGACUCAGUCGAAACAAACUGAGAAACAGAUCAAGAGGGUCUUUGCUGAGCUUCACCAGUUUCUGCGAGACGAAGAGAAGUCGAGAAUAGCUGCCCUGAGGGAAGACGAGAAGCUGAAGAGUUUGAUGAUGAAGAAACAGAUUGAGAAGAUGAACACUGAGAUCACGUCUCUGCCGGUAACAAUCAGAGUCAUAAAAGAGGAGAUGACAGAGGAUGACCUCACAUUUCUCUCUGAACACAAACCCACAGCAGCACUGACUCCUGAAUGUUAUUCCAGAGUCCAGUGCACACUUCAGGAUCCAGAGAGGUUUUCCAGCGCUCUGAUCAAUGUGGCAAAGCACCUGGGCAACCUGAAGUUCAGAGUCUGGGAGAAGAUGCAGGAGAUCGUGCGAUACUCUCCUGUUGUUUUGGAUCCCAACACUGCAUACUCGGGACUCGUGCUGUCUGAGGAUCUGACCAGCAUGAGGCGAAUCGAUGAGAGGCAACAGCUUCCCGAUAACCCAGAGAGAUUUGACAGAUACCUUACCGUGCUGGGCCCUGAGGGCUUCAUGUCCGGGACACACAGCUGGGAGGUGGAGGUUGGGGCAAAUUCGUGCUGGAGCGUGGGCGUGAUGACAGAGUCCGUGCAGCGGAAAGGAGAGUGUGCCUCCAAAAGAGGGCAGUGGUUCUUCUGGCAUAAAGACGGCAAAUACUGGGUGUGCUCCACCCCGAGGCCCUCUGCUCCCCUGCAGGUCAGACACCGGCUGAGGAGGAUCCGAGUGCAGCUGGACUGGGACAGGGGCGAGCUGGCAUUCUCAGACCCUGACCAUAACACGUACCUGCACACCAUCACACACGCUUUCACUGAGAAGGUGUUUCCCUCAUUUAGCAUUGGAGGCAAGCACGUUCCUCUGAGCAUCAGUCCUCUGAAGACCUCAUUUGCAGAGGAAGAGCACAGCACCGCGUCUUCUUCCUCUGCAAACAGAAGACUGUGGUACUCUGAAAAGCUGCACCUGCUGAAAAAGAAGCUUUCAAUUGACAUCUUCAAGGACCCCGUGGUGUUGUCCUGCAGCCACAGCGUGUGUAACAUCUGUGUCCAGCAUUACUGGGAGAGCAAAGGCUCCACUAAGUGUCCCGUCUGCAAGGUCAAAUCCACAGACACCCCCACCGCAAGCUUCGCUCUCAAAAACCUGUGCGAACUUUACUUGAAAGAGAAAGGACAGUUACAAGGUCGGUGUAAGCUCCACAAGCUGCGUCUUGAGAUGUUCUGUUACAAUGACAAGGAGCUUGUGUGCUUGAUCUGCCAAGAAUCAAAAGUACACAAGGAUCACAAGUGUAUUCCCAUUGAUACAGCAGCGACUGACGUCAAGGAGGAGCUGAUGGUCAAACUGCAGAAGAAACUGAAGGACUACGAAAAGGCCAGAGAUGACUGCCAUAAAACCAUCAUGCACAUUAAGGUGAGGUAG